GAAAAAUUGAAACGAUAUUAAUAGAAAAAAAAUCGUAAAAAUUGUCCAAAAACUCGAGAAGAAAAAUGUUUCGUAGUCGGAGUUGGUUUGGUGGCGCUUGGAAUAAAUCAAAAAACCGUUUAUCGUUGGAACAUCUAAAAUAUUUAUAUAGUAUUAUAGAAAAAAAUACAACGGUAUCCGAGAAUCGGUUUGCUGGUAGAAUAAGAAGUAUAUCGAAAAUUUUAAUAUGGGGCGAUCAACAUGACAGUUCGGUUUUCGACUUUUUCUUAGAAAUUUAAAACUUGUUAAAUAAUGGAGGAUGACUUCUUUAAGGUACUCGACGCUAAAAGAAAGUUAAGACAGGGUAUAGUGGAAUGUCAGAAAUGGUUAGCUGAGAUGUGCCACGGCCUCGCUGACGUGGAUAUUGACGGCGAGGAUGAAAAAGAUAAUUUUGGUAUUAAAAUGCUGGAAGGCAUAGCACCGAAAGAAUAUGAUAAUUAUUUUCUGGCUAAAUGUUACUUUGAUGUACGUGAAUAUGAUAGAGCUGCUCAUUUAGUGCGGAAUGCUAGUUCUCCAGUUCCCAGAUUCCUUCAUCUUUAUGCCACUUAUAUGGCAGUGGAGAAACGACGGAUGGAUUCGACCACGGAUCAAUCGAAUCUAAAUGACUCAGGACCUGGGUUCUUGUAUGUUUUAUGCGCUUAUACCACACGUGGUGUGUGUAUUCGUUGUAUCUGGAAUAUGGUAAUUGUCGAUCUUGAAUCAACUUAGCUGCACACCUACAAUAUUUUGUUUUG